AUGCCAAGCCUGGCCAUUUUUAAGACCACCCUCCAAUCUGCCCUUCUCAAUGGCAGCUCCAAUGUAAUAGCUCAAGGGAUAACGUCGUACAGACAUGGGGGAACAUCCCUGGUAUCCCGUAUGAAAACCACGCAAGGCAGCGAGAGCAGAAUGCUAACCCGGGUUGCUUGUGCGGCAUUUUUCAACGCCGUGGUUGAAUUUUGCCACCAAAUGAAACAGACGAGGUUCACUCUUGACUACAUUGAAUCGAUCCGCUUCAUGAUAUGCACGCUUAUCACAACGCCUUUCAUGGUCCUCUGGCAGAACCAUCUCGAAAUCGCAUAUCCAGCAUCUCCUGACCACAACGCAGUUAUGCCUCCCGCAUCGAUGGCAGGCAAAGGUGAAAAUGCCUCUAACAUGGCUAGCCACGAGAUAGCACGGUGCGGGGCCAAAACCAAGCAACUGGAGCGGGAAGAAUCACAAAACUCCAACUCCAAAAAGAAUACCCGGAAUGCCGUUCUUAAGAUUGUGAUAGACCAGACUGUUGGCGCAGCAUGGAGUUCGGCUUUAUUUAUUGUAACCAUCUCUGCCUUGAAUGGCCAGGAUGUCAAAACUAUUCAACAAUCAUUAUAUAAGGAUUUCGUCCCAAUCAUCAUGGCUGGUCUGAAGCUUUGGCCAAUGGUUUCCGUGCUUAACUUCACUAUGAUUUCCCCAGAGAAGAGAGUUCUGACAGGGAGCCUGUUUGGGAUGAUCUGGGGUAUAUAUCUUAGCUUAAGAUCUGAGGUUUGAUGCCUGUGUUUCCCCCCUCCACCGUUCCGCUUAGUUGCAUUCUCCAUCUACACGGCACGAUUUCUCGGUUUUUUACGGACGAAGAUAGAAAAUCACUGCUUUAUUUCGCUCGUUUUCAAUUCUUUGGUUCCUCCGAUACCAUCCCGGUUGUCCUUUUUGGGUAUAUUUCCUAGGUUUUAACGAAAAAUCGCAGAGUGAGGGCAGAGCUAACUGGUUGGUUUACGGCCUUCAAUGUUGAAUUGUCCAGGUAAUUAGUCCUGGCCUUAUUUUUUUUACUUUUUCUAAAAUUCGAAUGAAUUAAGCAGCAACUGGCGGAGCACAGCAUAAAUGCUGCUCCAUUACGAUUAUUUUCGGGUAUUUACAGGAUUCUACUAUUUCGCUUUUGAGCAGCUGAACCUGACUCUGGGCCACAUUGUUUGGGCCGAGAGGUUGACUCUUUUGGGUAUUUAUUUGCUUAUACGCAUCGAAGAGUAUGAAAAUGCAUGCACACCCAUUAUGGAUAGACUCAAGGCUAUGCUACUUCCCCGGAACUAUUAUCUCUUUUCAAUUGGAGGCCCCCAACCUUCUCACAUAACGGGAACUUCGUAUCGUGCAACGCAAACAUGUCUUUCUACUUAUUUUUUUCUCUUUACAUCCCCAACGCCAUGAUUUUCCUCGUUACAAGAAUGAAAUAAGUGUGGCUGAACUUUAUGAAUCACGAGUGGUCAAUCCGCAUAACUUUUACUCUUCCUCAAUGGAUUGGUACUUGCAACCUGCGUAACUUGCGUAACCCACUGAUACACUGGGUAUCAAAACCUCACCCUCCAUUGAUACCCCACUUUCCGCAGAUGCCGAAUUUCCCAUGCAACGGCUUCUAUUUAUAAAUCCUCCAGCCCCACUGAAAACGAAACCCAGCCACAGGGCCAAGGCUAGUGGCUGCAAGGUGUACGGUUUCCGUUGUUCUUCCGGCCAGAAUGAGUAGUUUAAACACCUAAACGAAUCAAAAGUUGAUAAGCCACAAGGAUCGCCGGCGUAGCCGGCUGUAUGCAUUGGGUCCUGGGGCCAUGUGGGGCGAAGAGAUCGCCGACUAUCGCGAAAGGCGGAUCAUUCUCCGUGUUGAAUAAUUCCACGUUAGCAUAUCAGAUUGGUUUCCCAUGACAUGCUUCCCCUGAAGAAAAGAAUGCCGAAACUAUGAAGGCAGCCAGCAGAACUGAAAGUAUGAAAGCGGCAACAUCCCCGUCCUUAUUCAGCCAUCACAGCCCCUGCUUUCAGCUGAAAAUUACACAGCUGUUUUGUUCUCUGUGGCCGAGUGAUGAGGUAAUACUCUGCUUCUCGGCUUUGGAUGACUUUUGACGAUAGGUUUGUUUUGUUUCGUAUGAGAUCUGUUCGUUUACGCAUCGUAUCCAACCCACUUAGGGUUGCAGUUCGGUUGAAUCACUCUUUGUGAUUCCGUCCUUGGUAUCGAUAUGAGAAAUAUCUGAUAUUCCUCUGGAACCUAGGUAGUGAGCUUGGCCCAGGACCUCCAGGGUUUGAAACCAAACAAGAGGUGCUCAAAGAAUCAAUACAUCAUCGGAUAUAUAGCAUACUCCUCGGCCUCGUUAUGUGUAUAGAUAGAUAUCUCCCCGUAUCGAUAAGGCGUUUUCGGUUUAUGCCAGCUCCGGCUAACUCAUAAGACCGGCUAUCGUUCGUUUAUUUCUUCUUUUAUGAUUUAGCAACGCGGUCAACGGACGGUAACGUGGACAACUAGACACAACGUCAUCUUGUUUUUCUAAGCUAAAACUCAUCACGGAUACGAGGAAUAUAGGGCCGUGCUUCAUGCCUAGCAAACACGAUCUGCACGAAUACGGCCUGUCAGGGCAAUCAGGUAGAUCAGCCG